ACUAACCUGUAACCUAGUUUAUAUUCCGAAUUUGAUUUUCUUGUAUACUUGUACCUUGUAAAUAAAAGGAAGUAUUAAUCUAUGAAUAAAAGCCCUACUUUGCUUCUGUAUUCAAGUAAUACGUUAUAAUAAAAGUUUGCUAUAACUUCAUCAAAGGAAGCAGACUGAUAACUAUAAAAAUAUUUUAAAGAAGUCAUGCCACUAGUUGCAGCAAAUUGGAAACCAGUGAAAUUAGAAGGAAAUCUUUCAAAUAUCUUUUCUGAGGGACUUAUAGGAAUUGAGGAAUGUAUUGAUUAUAAUCCAGACGAUUUUGUAGUUACUACAAAGGGAAAAAAACGGAAGAAUGAUGUUGAAAACACUAGUCAACCUAAAAAGUCCAAAACCAACUCUAAAUCUUCUGAAAUUAAUAAAGAAGAUCUGUCGCCAUCAAAAAGUGGGAAUACAGAACAGAAUGACCAGUGGUAUGAAGGUAACCAAACUCAAUCAGAGUUGUGCCAAUCAAUGAAAGCAUGGGAUCAGUACUGUUUGCCUGAAACUGUGAUAAAGGCUUUAUGUGAGCAACAAUUUUAUUCUCCAACAGAAAUUCAAGCCUUUACACUUCCUUCAGCAAUUUUAGGAAAACGAGACAUUUUGGGUGCAGCGGAAACAGGCAGCGGCAAAACACUUGCUUUUGGCUUACCUAUUAUUAGUGGUAUUCUACGACUUAAAGAAAAUGAACCUAAUAGUAUAGCAGAGAGCUCGGAUUUAGAAGAUGAGUCGGACUUCCAAUUGGAUGAAGAUGGUAUUGGUUGUGUGAAAUCUUUAAAACUCAAUAGCACUAGAACUAAAAAGCCUUUGUAUGCAUUAAUUUUAACUCCCACACGAGAACUAGCCAUGCAGGUGAAGAAUCAUUUAUGCAAUGUUGCAAAAUACACAGGUUUAAACGUAGCUGUGGUAGUUGGUGGGAUGGCAGCCGUAAAACAGGAAAGAAUUCUUAGUAAAGGCCCAGAAAUUGUGGUAGGUACGCCUGGCCGACUCUGGGAAUUAAUUCAACAGGGAAAUGAACAUUUGGCACAGAUUGACAAUAUUAGAUUUUUAGCCAUAGAUGAAACUGACCGAAUGUUAGAAAAGGGCCAUUUUAAAGAACUACAUGACCUAUUAGAAAGAAUUAACAUGUCAGAGGACAACAAAAAAAAUAGGCAAAAUUUCGUUUUUUCUGCUACUUUAACCCUUAUUCAUGAUAUUCCAAAACAUUUGUUUAAUAAAAAUAAAUUGAAAGGCAGGAAAUUGAAGGAUAUGACUCCAGAACAGAAGUUGCAAAAAAUUGUUGACACCCUUGGGGUUACAAAUCCUAAAAUUGUUGAUUUGUCUGAAGGGAUCGGAACAUCCACCACUUUGACGGAAUGCCGCAUAACCUGUCAGAUAGACGAGAAAGACUACUAUGUCUACUAUUUUCUAAAAAAGCACCCAGGCCGAACUUUAAUAUUUUGUAAUUCUAUUGGGUGCGUUAAAAGGCUAACGACAUUGUUAUCGCUUUUGGAUUGCAGUCCAUUACCGCUUCAUGCUAGUAUGCAACAACGGCAACGACUCAAAAAUUUGGAGCGGUUUAGGGAUGUGGAAGAUAUCAUCUUAAUAGCGACAGAUGUCGCGGCCAGAGGACUCGACAUACCAAAAAUCGAUCAUGUGUUACAUUACCAGACACCUAGAACAAGCGAAAGUUACGUGCAUAGGUCUGGACGUACUGCUAGGGCAUCAAAACAGGGGAUAACUGUUGUGCUGAUGGAGCCUAACGAAUUUAGUAAUUAUUUGAAAUUGUGCAAAACAUUGAGCAAAGGAGAGGAUUUGCCGAUUUUCCCAGUACAAGAAAAAUUUUUGAACGCUGUUAAAGAACGAGUUAAUUUAGCCAGAGAAUUAGACAAACUGCAACUCCAAGUAAAAAAAGCAAAUUCAGAAGAAGGGUGGUUACAAAAAGCGGCCAAAGAAAUGGAUAUUAUUGUAGACGAAAUGACAAAAAAAUACGACGGAGACGAAACAGCCGCUGCAAGAAAACGAGCCGAGGCAACAAGGAAGCGCCUUUCAACACUUUUAGCAACGCCAGUUUUUCCCACUGGAUUUAGUGGCAAAUUUCCCUUGUUAGAAAAUGCUGGAGAGACCGUAUUUCAGGCGGUUAGCAAGGAUCUAAAAGCUGUCGAUGUUAUGAAGAGUGCGAUGGAGAAUAAUAAAAAACUAAAGCGAAAACAGGUGGCACUAUUUAAGCCUAAAAAUAAAGAUGUUGUUAAAAAAGACAGGAAUGUUAUUAUCAAAUUAAAUAAAAAUAAGCAGAAUUUUAAAAGCAAGAGAUCUUUUAAGAGAAAGCAUUGAUAGGUUUUAUGAAUAAAAUGUGUUUUAUUGGAA